GGAGAAUCCCAUGGACAGAGAAGCCUGGUAGCUGCAGUCCAUGGGGUCGCACAGAGUCGGACACGACUGAAGCGACUUGGCAGGCAGCAAUGUACUAAGUGAGUCAAGGGAGAGGUGCCUGAUGGUUAUGAGAACAAAAUAGAGGAUCUGAGAACAAACAAGGCCAAAGAAAAAGUGGGGGAGACCAGUCCGAAGCCUGAUGCAGCUAAACUGACAAAAAAUGGUAGAUUGGGCUAGAGUCGGAGCACUAGAGCUGGAGGAAUGGACUGCUUGAGUUGACCCAUAUGUCCUCGUCAGGUCUUCUUCUCUUGGGGGACAGAAGAAAGGCAAACCAAGACCAAAGUUCUCUACAAGUGGCUCUGAGGAGACCCUGUUACUCUAAAUUUAAAACAGAAGCAGAGGGAUUUCAUGUGUGUGAUUUCCUCUCUGUGUGUGUGUUGUGUACACCAUUCACUGAAGCCCUACUAUGUGCUAGGACCAACACUGUCAACAUUUAAACUUCACAACCCUGUGACGUCGAUGUCAUUCCAGUUUCCCAGAUGAAUCUUGGGAAGUAUAGGAGAUAUGUUGAAAGUCACAGAGUUGCGUUAGAAUUGGAGCCCAGGUUCAGCUGUAUUCAAAGGCUAGUUCGCUUACUAUUCCUUCCUCUACUCUAGUUUUCAAUUUUGCACCUAUAGGAAAGGACCCUUGAGCCUCCCUGGGCAGAAAUAACGGAACCCUGCAGCUACAAUACUUUCUUCAGUCCAGAACUAGAGAGUGAGAGCUUUGUUUCCCGACGGAAGCGGGGGGGCGGGAAAAAAAAAAACCCCGCGAAACCCGGAAGUUGCGCGUCGCAUCCUCGCGCCGGCCUCCCUGGCCGCCGGGUGAGGCUGCGGCGGACUGCCCUUCCUCAAGAUGGCGUCGAAGAUGGGUUCGCGACGGUGGAUGUUGCAGCUGAUCAUGCAGUUGGGUUCUGUGUUGCUCACACGCUGCCCCUUCUGGGGCUGCUUCAGCCAGCUCAUGCUGUAUGCUGAGAGGGCCGAGGCGCGCCGGAAGCCCGACAUCCCAGUACCCUACCUGUACUUCGACAUGGGGGCGGCCGUGCUGUGCGCUAGCUUCAUGUCCUUUGGAGUGAAGCGGCGCUGGUUCGCGCUGGGGGCCGCACUCCAGCUUGCCAUUAGCACCUAUGCCGCCUACGUCGGGGGCUACGUCCACUACGGGGACUGGCUGAAGGUCCGUAUGUACUCACGCACAGUUGCCAUCAUUGGUGGCUUUCUUGUGCUGGCCAGCGGUGCUGGGGAGCUGUACCGUCGGAAACCCCGCAGCCGUUCCCUCCAGUCCACCGGCCAGGUCUUCCUGGGCAUCUACCUCGUCUGUGUGAUGAUGUCGGGGCGCAGAUCCUGGCCCGCCAUGGCCACAGUGCUACUGACCCUGCUCGUCUGCCUGGGGGAGCUGGUCGACGCCUACCCCGCCAAACCCCAAGCUCCGGGAGAACACGCCUCGCCAGAUGAGCUGAACCGCUACUACACCUCGCUGCGCCACUACCUCAACCUGGUCACUCGGCAACGCUUUGGGAAACGCGACUUUUCAGAAGCUCUUCUCUCCAUACUGCUCUUUCCAGAUCGCGAGGACCCGCCGGUCAAGUCGCGGCCAGAAGGAGACUACCUGUGGUGAAGACCCCGACGGCCUCCAGAGAGAGAUGUGCUAAGACACCAACCCCAUUUCCAUGUUUGCUCCCGACCCCGGAGCCUGGAUUCCUCUCAGGGCUUGCUGGGUCUGAAGUCCUUAUUUGGGGUCCUUAUUUCCAUUUCUCCGUGUCCCCGCCCCUGGGCUGGAGGCCCAGAUGUGGUCCUUCCUUGAUCUCUAAAUAAAGUGCAAAUUUCACUGAA